AUGGGUGGUCGAGAUGUCGCCAUUCUCAGCAGGCACUUUGCUGUGACAUCCUCACAAAGUGUUAAUGGCGUUGUCUCUGGGAUGUUCCAACACACAGUCACCUCUUCACCCAGCUUCACUACCAACCAAUUCUUCAAGAAGAAGUUCACUGCUGCAAUUGCUACUGCCAUUUUCGCAAGCGUUGCCGUCGCAGCUCCCCAGCGUGGCCUCGAGGCCCGCCUCAAGGCCCGCGGCAGCAGCAAGGGAUCCCGACCCCUCCAGGCAGUUGCUAGACCUGCAUCAACCAAGAACCAGACCAACGUUGAGUACAGCUCCAACUGGUCCGGUGCCGUGCUGGUGGAGCCUCCCUCUGCUGCAGCGACCUACACUGCGGUGACCGGCACCUUCACUGUCCCUGAGCCCACCGGCAACUCUGGAGGCAGUCAGGCUGCAUCUGCCUGGGUUGGUAUCGACGGUGAUACCUAUGGAAACGCCAUUCUUCAGACCGGUGUUGACUUCACCGUGACCGACGGAGAGGCCUCGUUCGAUGCCUGGUAUGAGUGGUACCCGGAUUACGCCUACGACUUCAGCGGCAUCGACAUCUCGGCAGGCGAUGAGAUUGUUGCCAUUGUGGAGUCCUACACCUCGACUACCGGUAUUGCCAUUAUUGAGAACAAGAGCACCGGCCAGAAGGUGUCCAAGGAGCUGUCGUCCAGCUCCAGCCUCGGUGGACAGAACGCUGAGUGGAUUGUGGAAGACUUCGAGGAAAAUGGUUCGCUCGUCAACCUGGUGGACUUUGGCACCGUCACCUUCACUGGUGCUGUUGCCAAGGCGGCGGGUGGUGAGAGUGUUGGACUUACCGAUGCGACCAUCAUCGAGAUUGAGGAGAAUGGCCAGGUUGUCACUGACGUUACCAUCGACAGCGACUCUGAGGUGACCAUCACCUACGAGUAA